AAUAUAUUUAAAAUAAUAAAUUAUCUUUACCUAGGUAGAUGCCAUUUUGCAAUGGGUCUUAAAACCAUCUGGAAGGACUACAAAGUUCUGAUUGUUAUGGGAACUAGCCUUGGGCUGGUGCACUGGGGGUGGUUUCACAUCAAGUCCAGUCCUAUUUUCCAAGUGAAGACAGAGGACUUUGUUCCAGAACCUGGGAUUGUGGCAUAUGUGAUGCAAAAUGAUCACAGAAAUAAAGAAAAAUAGCAUUAGUGCUAUGUAUCAUGGGUAUACAAUAUGAAGCUUUUCAUCUGUGAGUGUUGCCAGAAGAAGACAUGAGGAGAGAUAGCUGGAGCAGAAAGAACUUUCUCCUUGUGGCAGGACUGUCACUUAUAGGUGUCCAUUUUGGAAGCAUGCUCGUAAACUUUGUUGCAAAAAAAUCUGUUCGAUCACAUUCAGAAGCUAAAAAGGAAGAUCAUCGUGAAUGAAAUAGCUUACUGCUGUCAUUAUGUACCAAGUUUACACUAGGAUUUAAUCCUUAUUUUAAGAGACAGAUGAUGAGCAGUCACAGAAUUGUCUUUAUUGUAGUGUAUGUACCGUUUCACAUUUAAAACAAUAGUCCUUGGCUGCGAAUUAUAGAUCCAAGUAAAAAUGAAAUAUGUUUUGUUGGACAGAAUUAAAAUCUUACUUUGAAAAUGUCUCGUCUUGAAGCUAAAAAGCCUCCUUUAUUUAUUAGUGAACCUUUAACUAAAGAGACAGUUAGUCAGUCACUGUCUCUGCUAAGUGGAAUAUUCAAAUCUUGCUAUGGUCCUGCUGGUAGGCUCAAAAUGCUCCACAAUGGUGUGGGAGGCUAUGUUUGUACAACUUCGCAAUCUUCAGCCAUACUCAGUUCUAUUUCUGUCAGUCAUCCUGCAUUAAGUGUUUUGAUGGCCUCUGUACAGAACCAUAUAUCCCGCUUCAGUGACUGUGGCUUAUUUACUGCCAUUCUUUGCUGUAGUUUGAUUGAAAAAUUUAAAAGCCUAAAUAUUGAGUCUUGCACUGUCAUUAAAAUAAGCAAGCAUCUUUUGAGUUUAUGUAUGGACUACCUCAAAUCUGAGGCCUGUGGUUGCCGAGUGUCUGUGGAUUUUAGCAGUCUUGAGAUUCUUCUUUGUUUGGUACGUAGCGUAUUAACAAGCAAACCUGCUUGUAUGCUUAAUAAACCAGAAGUUGAUCAUCUCACCACCUUGAUUUUAAAGGCUUUUAUGUUUACUGUUCCAUGUCAUGCUGAGACUAAUGCUGUUUUAGGAAAGUGUAUAAUAAUACCUGUGAAAGGUAGAAGAGUUGUGGACUCUACGGUUCUUCCUGGACUACUGAUAGAAACACCAGAAAUUCAGUUGGCAAAACCACUUGCUGUCAAAAGAACUUGUUCAAACAUGAUAAAGGUAGCACUUUUCUGUGUGUCCAUGUCGGGAGACCUCUUCAACCCUGGAGAAGGAACUAUAACAGUCCAUCAUGGAAUUUCUCUAGAAGUGUCAGAGCUGAAUGAGUUGCUUAAUGUAGGAAAGCAGCUGGUUAAUGAUGAGGUCGGCCUUGUAGUGUGCCAGAAAGUUAUCCAUCCAUGCUUGAAACAGUAUCUGAAAGAGAACCACAUCAUGGCUGUGGACAGAGCUGGGCUAUCUCCUAUGGAACCACUGAGUCGGAUGACAGGUUCAAAGCCUAUAGCUUCUGUACAUUCAUUGUCUCCCAGUUGUUAUGGCAGUUUGAAAGAUGUGCGCACUGAGAGUUUUGCUUCAAAACAUUUUGUGCGUUUAAUUCCUAAUGACACAGUUGUCUGCAGCCUGAUACUCUGUAAUAGAAAUGAAACAGCAUGGGAUGAAUUGAAGCGUGCCUGUGAAACUGCAGAACAUGUGUUACAGUUAACAGUCAAGGAACCUCUGGCAUUGUUAGGAGGUGGCUGUACAGAAACUCACUUGGCUUCGUACAUAAGACACAAGAGUUGUAGCCUGUCCACCAGCACUUUUAAAGAUCUGGAUUGUUCUCAGACACAAUACCAGCUGGUUGCUGAUGGUUUUUGCCAUUCCCUGGAGUCUGUAGCUUGCUCUCUGAAUCAUGAUGACAGAGAAAUUCUUACAGACAUGGUUUAUGGACACUGUUGGUUUGUUCCAUCAGGUUUUCCCUCUGUCUCUAAUUGGUCGGAUUUAGUUUCAAAAUGUGGCUGUGGGAUUAAUGAUAACACUGAGAAUCUCAGCUGGAGGCUUUUGCAAGGCCAGUUUGGCUCUCCUGUUAUACACGGCUGCCCUAAAGACCCCCCAGUAAAGGUUUCUGACUCGCUGACGUUGGACUGUUUUGCUGCGAAGUGUAGUGGCCUACAGCUAGCUCUGGAGACAGCCAAUCUGAUAUUGGAUCUCUCAUAUGUAAUUGAAGAUCAAAAUUAGCUCUGCUCAUGUGUGAAUUGUGUUGCACAUUAAGAUACUUAAUUGAAAGCAGAGUAAUAUAGAAUGUGUUAAAAAGAUACUUUAAGUGGUUAGAACGUGGACAGCAGACAAAGUUUAAAUUAAACAGUUGGCCAUUAAGUAAUCUUAUUGUUGAUCUGCUGUGCCCUCAAGUGUUUUAACAUUUUGUUCGGAAAUGUUAAAUGAUUACCCAAAUAUACAAUGCAUCAUAGUAACAUGAUUUCUGCAUAUUCAAAUUAAUGUAUUCAAAGGAGUGAAUGACACUUCAAAAAUUGAGAUUCUGAUGUCCUUCUGGGAUAUUUGAAUGUUCUCCUUCAGUAAACAAGUGCUGAAUUUAAGGAGUCCUGUACAAUCCUCCCUCUGCAUUAAGCAGAGUUUGGGAUGUUUGUUAGCUCUGUGGCAUCUUCAAAGGAAUGGGGAAAAUGGAUUCACUUGCUGAGAAAACAUAUGUUAUGGAUUAGAAUUUAUGUAGUCUCAGCAAAAGCUUUAUGCAUUCAAACAGACUUUUGUGUUGCAGCAGAACUUUAUCAAAUUUUAUUCUGAAGAUCUUGUCAUCAUAUACUAUAUGCAGUUUAUGUUUCUAAAUGGCUGGAAGAUUUUAAUUCAUAUAGGUAAUUUAUUUAGCAAAUUACUAAAACUCAGUCUGGAGAUCUUAAGGUAGCAGGGUGGUAAUAGAAGAUUUGAAAAUAAAUUGCAGACUGUGGGG